AUGAACGCUACUGCGGCUCUUCGACAGGCGGCGGCCCACGCCGAGCGGACUCCCUUGAUUCGAUUCAUUGGCCGCCGAACCAUUCCUGCCACUAUUGACCACACUCCUCAACCUCACCCUGCCUCCCCCACGGGGAAGCUCCCUCAAGGCUUCGGCGAGGGUUACACUUCGACCGGCACCAAGCACACCUCCUUCAGCUCUUACAGGGACCAUGCUCAACAAUUCGGCCCCCUGCAGAAGACCAUCAAGGAGUCCGGUAUUGGCGGAGUAGCCGGAUCUGACCUCGGCUCUGUCCAGCCUCCCCAGGGCGUUUUCUUCGAUCGCAGCCAGCUCCCCGCCCGCUUCCGACGCCUUCCCCUCGACCCUGCCGAGAUCGAGGCGGUAGAGUCUGGCGGUGCCGCCCUCUUCAACUGA